UUAAAGUCAGCUGUUGUUAUGGAAAGGAUAAGAAGAUGAAAAUAGUGGAAAUUAUCAAUUAAAAAAUAUGGAUCGAGUGGUGGAAAAAGAGUCAACGCUUCCGUUGACGUCUAGAGAGGAGAAAUUACCAACGUGGCUGACAGAAAUGACUGAGAACAUCAAAAUAUUGGCACCGGACGCAUUGACAAACGAGCUCAAUGGAAUCGAAGAAGUCAGUAAAAUCAACAGACGACCACAAGCUGUAAGAAGACGCAAUGAAGAUAUCAAAAGAGAAAAGCAUUUACCAGAGUUCCAUUACCGCCCUCGAUCGCGAAGAACGAUAGAAUCACCGAAGAAAUCCAUUCUCGUAGAGCACCGAAGAAAGUCAAGUGCUGAUGUAUUAUUAAGCGACGAAUUGAAAAAAUUGAGUACAGGGGGAGAAUCAUCGGUGACUCCUAGAAAGUUGAGUGCCACUUUACAUCGCAAGAAAUUGCUGACCUUCGAUUUGUUUUCUGACAAUGAUCAAGAUGAAGAAUUCAUCAUUCCGGAAUUACCAGAGGGAAGUUUGAUAACAGUUGACAUUCUGAGCACAUGGGGUGACCGUCAUUAUGUAGGGUUGAAUGGCAUGGAGAUAUUUUCGUCGUUGGGGGAGGCUGUUUCAUUGAAUAAGAUAUGGUCGCAGUUGGAUGAUUCUAAUGAACCUUCGGACGAUCCUGCUCUUACCAAUUUGAUCAAUGGUAUUUACCGAACGCGUGAUGAUCUAAAUAUGUGGCAUGCUCCCUAUAAGCGAGGGAGACAAAUUUCAGUUCACAUGGAAUUAUCGAAGAGAGUUAAUAUCGGACUAAUUAGGAUAUGGAACUAUAAUAAGUCGAGGAUACACUCGUAUCAAGGUGCCAAAGAUGUCGUCAUUAAGUUAGACGAUGUUGUUAUAUUUUCUGGAGAAAUUGCGCGAGCUUCUGGCGAUGUCGCUGGGGAUAUAAAUUCUUUCGGAGAUACAAUUUUAUUUACAACGGAUGAAAACAUUUUGGAACUAAUUUCCCGAAACGAUCGUAUAUUUCAUGAGUUUAUGGAUUACUCAGCGUCCCAGGGAAUAGAAAUGGACAGGCCCGUCACAGGAGCAACUGAGCUAGACGUUAUACCAACGAUAGAAAAUCCAAUCAUGUCAUCUGGUAGUAUUACUGAUAAAACAAUGUCGGUUGCAUGUAGAGAAAUAAAACUAUUGCUAUUAUCCAAUUGGAACGAUUCUGACAUGAUAGGGUUAAAUGGAAUUGAAAUUAUUGGAGAUCAGGGCAAUAUACCUGGGAGCAAGAUCUCAUUGCACUGUAACAUAGAGGAUGAAGGGAUAUAUCGGUUACUAGACCAAAAGAAUUUCACGAUGGAGUCCAAAAAUAUGUGGAUAAUCCAACAAAUUCCUGAUGUCAUUCCUGAGAUAAUGAUUACAUUCAACACUGAGGUGUUUAUCACUGGUAUAAGAAUAUGGAAUUAUAACGGAUCAUUGGAAGCAUCUUAUUGUGGAGUGAAACAUUUAAUGAUUGAAUUAGACGGGAAAAAGCUCUUUGGUGAUAAUUUUGAGGGCUUCAUCAUCAGAAGAGCACCGGGAUUCUGCCACUAUAAUUUUUCGCAGGAAAUCAGUGUCAUUCAACGACCGAAAACAAUGAGUAACAGUACCCCAUCAAAAUCUCAUCUGCAGACUCUUGAUUUACUGGAUGAUAUCAACUAUGAGGCACCACCAGUGCCGGAAGGCUUCGUUUAUCAAAUCGUUAUAUUCUCUUCGUGGGGAGAUGCCUAUUACGUUGGUCUGAAUGGAAUUGAAUUUUUUGAUGCCCAGGGACGCUCAAUUCGUUUAAUUAAAAAAAAUGUCGCUGCGUAUCCAGAAAGUGUCAAUGUAAUUGAAGGAAUUGAAAAUGAUAUACGAACUCCGGACAAACUAGUUGAUGGAGUUAAUGAUAGUGCAGAUGGACAACAUUCAUGGCUUGCCCCCAUUUUGCCAGGAGAGAUAAACCGCGUUUACAUUAUUUUCGAUUAUCCAAUGGCUGUUUCGAGAAUCAAGAUAUGGAACUACACGAAAACAUCGUCCAGAAAAGUUAAAGAAUUUGGGAUACUUGUGGAUGAUCUUUUAGUAUACAACGGAGUAUUAGAGAGGAAUGACCCUUCAGGGACUGUUCACUUCAAUAGAAAUCCUAGUGAGCCACGCAAAUUAUCGGGCAAAUUAAGAAACUCGGACCAAGAAAUUCACUUGUUAAAUUUAGAAAAUGUUUCGACACUUGGAGACGAUACAUUACCUGAUCCUCUUCUUCGACCGUAUACCUCAAUGUUGCCAAAAAAUUCACGCAAUUAUUCUGUAUAAAUUAUAUACUUUUCAACAUGAUUUUUUCCUUGUAUCGAUAUCGACAAUGAAAUAAGUAUAAAUAAAUAUGAGUAUCUUGUUCAUGUUA